AUGGCAGGGGUUGGAAAGACGACCAUUGCUAAGAAAGUAUUUGAGGAUCCAUUGAUUCAGAGACAAUUCGAGCUUCGAGCAUGGGUCAAAGUGGGUAGAAAAUGUGAAUCCAAUGAAGCCUUACGAUGUGUUCUUUCUCAAGUGGAUCCCAGCACUCAUCACCAAAUGCUUACCCAAGCAGACGACAGUCAUGACGACAAAAAAUUAGUUGGACUCUUGAAAGAGAGAUUGAAGGAUAAGAAAUGUCUCAUUGUGUUGGAUGAUGUAUGGAAAUGGGAUACACAAUUCAUGGAUAGUUUGCCACGAGAAAAUGUCAAAAUCUUGCUUACAAGCCGACAAAGAAUUAAAGAAUGUCCAUUUGUACGAGUACGCUUGUUGAAUGAAGAAGAAAGUAAGAAAUUAUUUGGUGAGAAUGUUCCACUUAUGAUUGUCACUGUUGCUGAUCUCCUAUCCAAAGAAGACAAGACACCAAAAUUUUAG